UCGCGUCUGAGUGUCUCUACCGAAACGAUCGAUAACAGCUGUCAAUAAACUCGCGUAGUCCGAUUUCAAAUAGCUGGAAUUGAAUACAUUUAGAAUAGAAAAGUAUUUGCCAUUUAUUUUUUCAUAUUCAAUUGUGACCGUUGGGGUCAAGUGUAGUUUCGGUCGGGUCAAUGUAUAUAGACGCGUUUAAACGUCUCCUCGUUGAACGGCUAAAUUGCUUGAAAAGAAUGUGUGUAUGUCAGCGCCAAGGCAGCUCUUUUGCUAUGUCUAAGGCAGCCGUGAGGAAGCUGCACUGGCGCUCCAAGGUCCAGGAGAGCUUCAUCCCCCUGGUUGGUUCCUCUGGGGAACUGGGGGUGGCGGUGGGUGGCGGAGCUGACUAUGGAGAGUUCCCAUUCGUCACCUCAGCCCCCGGGGGCGGGUUCACAGUGGGCGACAUCAUCCUAGAGAUUGGGGGUACCCCUGUGUUAGGGAUGACACUAGGAGAUGUCCGGGGGGUCCUUAACUCCUGCCUCCAUCCCAUCCGCAUCAAGACGGUCUCACCAGGCUCUGCCUUGUGUAAGGACCUCAGGCUGUAUCUGAGUAAGUGCUUCACUCCAGGCUCCAUGGACAGCCAGCUUCAGCAGGUCAUCCGGGAGAACCUCUACCUCCGAGCAGUGCCUUGCACGACCAGACUGCCCCAUGAUGGGGAGAUCUCAGGGGUGGACUACAACUUUGUCUCCAUAGAAGAGUUCUUCUCUUUGGAGGAGUCAGGAGCUCUUCUGGAGAGCGGCAAGUUCAAAGGGAACUACUACGGCACCCCCCGGCCAGUACACAUUGGUCCAGAGAGUCCUCCCAUCACCUACCAGGAACACCGCAACCUGCUCCGGAACUUCCGAACACGCAGCAAGUCGCUUAGCAACCUGGAGAAAGCAGCCGAGGAGGGGGAGAACAGCGAGGAAGAUUCUGGCCUGUCAGGCAGGUUUACCAAAGACAGACUGUCCCGUGGAUUAGUGGGUAUCAGCAAUGCACAUCCCGUCUCCUUGUCCAGAGGGACCAUGGAGAAUGGCCAUGGCAGCACCCGUGCCAGGGUGCGAGCAGUGAUGCCUAAAAACUGGGAGGUGGCCUACAGCGACUCAGGAGAGCCUUUCUACAUAGACCAUAACUCCAAGAUGUCCAGCUGGCAGGAGCCUCGUGCACAGAGCAGCAGAGAGACAACGCUUGACAAAAAUACAUUACCAGGGUUCACAGACGAGCCAGGGGAGCUGAGGGGUUUCUCUAUCCACACACGCUUCUCUAAAGGUCCCAGGGGGUUUGGUUUCAACAUUGUGGGGGGCAGCAGAGCCAGGGAGUUCCUUCAGGUCUACAGUGUCACGCCAGGGGGACCUGGAGCUCUCAACACAGCAGAUAUCCUGGUUUACAUCAACGGCGUCUGUGUCCUGGGAACGUCCCACAAAGAAGUGGUAGAGAUGCUGAAGGCAGUUCCUGUGGGCCACAGUGUGGACAUGGUCCUCCGGAGGGGAUACCCCAUGCUCUACAACCCCGACGGCUGCCCCAAGCAGCCCCAUCCUGGGUUCACCGACAUCUGUGACCCCUUCCUCCCACCCACCACCACCCAGCCCCAGCCCUCACACCAGCGCCUCCCCCUCCUCCGCCCAUCCACAGCCCCAACCCAGACCCAGUAUCAUAAUCUCAACGGGGUCCUUUCUCACCACGAUGAGGUGGGUUAUAUGGGUCCAGGAGUGAGGCCAGGACUGGAUGCCAAUGGGAAUGCCACCUCCACAGCUACCCAACCACCAUCCUCUUACAGACACUCCAGCGGUCAUCUUGCUCACUCCGCUGACCCACCCUCGUACAGACGAUCCAGUCGCUACCUAUCUGAUUCCACUUCCCCUACACCACCCUCAUACAGACAAUCCAGUGGUAGCAUCACUCCCACCACCCCCCCGGUCCGCCCGCCCCACUCACUGAGGGGCCUCGCCCACCUGCAGGCCACUGACAACUGCCAGAGUGACAGCGAAGUGGUCUCAGCCAUCGGCUCACACAGGGCAUUCAUGAUCCGUAACCACAACAAUAACUCCCUCUCUACCCCCCCUCAGCCCCUGCGUUACAGAACCUCUAAGAGUGACCUGUCUGAGAGCGCCCUGUCCACCUCCUCCACCCUCCCUGUGUCCAGACUGCCCAUGCCCCAGUCAGAGACACCCCGUCUGUCGUCCUCCCCUGGUGGAGGGGCGUACUCCCGCCUCAUCAGGCCCCAGGCCUCCCUGCUGAGACCCCCUCCCACCCCUGACAGCCCCCACCUCAGCUUCAAUGGCUUCCAUGGCAAUACAAGCGGCAGCGGCAGCCCCAUAAGCAUCUCGUCUCCCGGGGCGAUGAGUCUGGGCAGUGGCUUUGGGGUGGGAGGUGGAGGGGAGCUGGUGCCAGUGGCCCUGGCUCAGUGUGAGGGUGGAGGGGGAAUGGGUUUCAGUGUGAUGGCCGGGGGACAGGGGGGCAGGCUGGCCCUUGUCAAGAGGGUCUGGGACAGGAAGCAGUGCUCCUCCCUACAGCCAGGGGAUGCCAUCAUGAAGAUCAACGGAGCAGACGUCCAGAGUCUCAGCUUUGCACAGGUACAACAGGUUCUCCAGGAACACACCAAACAAGGAGAAGUGGUCUUAUUGGUUCACAGAAGAGGUUCACACCGUUCUUCCAUCUCCCCCAACUCUAUGCAAAGAGUCCCCUCACCCCUCCUCUGCCCCCAUCCUCCACCCGUGACGUCAGACUACAAUCCUUCACCCCCUGCAGACGUCCUGAUCCUAACCCGUCCCUCCUCCACCCCUCCUCCCCCGGCCAUGGUGCGCUCCUCUCUGGUCCAGAGCACCAGUUUCCUGGAGUCAGUCCCAGUCACCCUCACCAUGGAACCCAAAGACUGGCUGAACGAGGGCAUGGAGGAUGAGGGGGACAGGGAGGUGGUGAUCCCAGGACCAGGGCAGGAGGGAGGGGGACGGAACCGUGUGCCCCGGGGGUUUGAUGUGGAGCUGAGGAGGAAGCCAGGAGAGGGGUUCGGAUUUGUCAUCGCUUCAGAGGAUGUAGAGAACAGGAAAGCCGCCUCGCUCCUCCCUCACCGGUUCGUGACGGUGCGUCGGGGCAGUCCUUCGGCGAGGAGCGGUCAGAUCCGACCCGGUGACCGGUUGGAGGCGGUCGAUGGGCGUUCUGUGGUGACCUUACCCCACCGGGAACUCGCCCAUAUCCUGCGCCGAGCUGGAAACACCCUACGCCUCACCAUCAUCCCCCGUCCUAGCACAUACUCAUCCAGCCUAUCAGAGACCGCAGACUAUGACCCCAAUUACAGAAGCAGAAAAGGGCACAGGUCACGACCCAAGCAUGACUCUAGGUAUUACAGUGUGGAUCUAGACCGCGGCCCAACAGGUUUUGGGUUCAGUCUGCGGGGGGGGGAUGAGUACAACAUGAGUCUGUACGUACUGGGACUGAUGGAGGGAGGACCUGCCUCACGCAGCCACAAAAUACAGGUAAGCGAUCAGUUGGUGGAGAUCAACGGGGACAGCACAGCAGGGAUGACCCACAGCUUGGCUGUAGAGCAGAUACGCAGGGGAGGACACCGCAUACACCUGGUGCUAAAGAAAGGCAACGGAUACGUACCAGAUUACGGCCGUGAGCGCAGAGUCACCUCCCCCUUCCUCCCACUGCAGCACCCCGAGGAGCAGAGUGUGGCUGCAGUAGACCUGGCCCGCCGGGCGAGCCGCAGCUACAGGUCCAAGGUGAAGAAGCGGGGGAGGUCUUCGAAAGGGAGAGAAAAGAAGCAGAAAGGAAGCAGGUCAGGGAGAGGCAGAAGCAGCAGCUCAGAGGGAGAGGAAGGAGCAGGGGAAGUGAGCCAUAGGCCUGAUUCAGACCCUGGACCUGAGAGACAGGAGGAGGAGGACAGUGAGACAGGAGGCAGCGGCCUGAGAGAGAGGACUCAGGUGAGAGGGAGGGAUAGGAGGAGGAAGAACAGGAACAAGGGAGGCUCUCACAGUUUACCCAGAGAUCCCCUAAGGAAACGUAACAACGAUAACAUACACAUAGAGGCAGAGAGGGGGGAUGAGAGAGGGAGGGAGAGAGAGAUGAGGAGAGAGAGAAAAAGGAAAAGCAGGAGUGAGGAGAGGGUCAGGAAGAGGGAGAACAGCAGGAAAACAGAGGAAGAGGAGGAGGUGAAGGAAAGAGAGGAGAAGAAGGAUAUGGAGGAAGAAGAGGUAGAAGAGGAGGAAGAAGAUGUAGAGGAGGUAGAUGCUUAUCUCCCUAUUACUAACAAAAGGCUGCCCAGGCCCAAGCAAGACUGGGAGGAAGAGGAUGUGGAAGAGAGGGAGAGGAAAAGGAGAGAAUGGGACAUGGAAAGAGAAAGGGAGUUGGAGAGUGAGAGAUUGAGGGACAGAGAGUGGAUGAGAGAGGAUGGGAGGUUGAGGGAGAUAAAGUGGGAGAGGAAGAGGAUAAAUGAUGAGGAAAGAGAAAGGUCUCAGUCCCUGAACAACCUGCUCUCCUUGGAGUCUCGUGUGGCCUCUCCACUACAGAGAGAUCCCUUCUCCUUCCUAACUCCCUCCUCUGAGCUGGAGCAUGCAGAGUCAGUAACCAGCCACUCAGAUGGCAGUGUGUAUGCUGCCAGUGUCUCCGGCCUCUCGCUGGCCCUCACAGAGGGGUCUGUUCUGGGGACCCCGGCCCUGCUGCUCCCAGGCCCCUGGCUCAAACCCAGCCAACAGAGGAUCACUGAGGUCAUACAGGAGAACAGGCUUGCAGGAGAACCGAGAAAAAGAGGGAGGGGAAGGGGAAGAGGAGUCAUGGAAGAAUCGGGAAUAUAGAUAGCAAAGCAAAAGUAUACAUGCUGUUUGAGGAAACGGUUAUCAUAUCAAGGGUUCAUGAUCAAGAAGAGUACCAAACUGUAUCCCCUCUUGUUAAACUAUACUCAACACAGUUGGUUUUAUUGUGACGCUUUUGAUAUGUCAUAUUAUUUAGUCAUAUUCUUUGUGCCUUUUGACAGCUGGUUUCUGACUGAUGUUACUGUUGACAAUGUCCACUUGUAAAUAUUUGAAGAUGUUCCAGUGGAACAGAAAUCAGUUUCUCUCCUCUCCUCUGUGGAAAUCCCCUAGUCCACCUUCUGAAUACAGCACCUUUCUCUGCUCUCCUUCAGGAGUUGCAAUAGAAUUGUCCUCCUGCAGUUGUUAGGAACUGGCAUGGUCGUUCUCUCUGUAGUGACACGUGCCAGUGUACUUAAGUAUUGGAGUUUCAGUUCCCUUCCACUGUAGAUAGAGAGACAGCAUAAUACCUCAUGAUACUGAGCAAUAAUAUGCAACACACCCAGGCUACACUUUGCCCAGGGAAUGUGAAGGGAAGGGGGUGGUAUUGUAUGGUACCUGCGACUCCUUCUACUGUCCAUCCAACUGUUCUGAUGCUGUUCUGUGUGUUCAUUUGAUUGUGAUGACUUUCAGAGGACCGUGACUUUGUGCAAUCUGUAUACUAAAUAUUUGUAUUAAAUACAUAUCUCAAUGCU